GCGCUUUACGGCCGCGGGGACGGAGCGAGCCGGUGCCAGGGCCCCUCCGGCCCGGAAACGGGACAGGCGAGCGAGGUUGAUGCCCGGCGGCGGGGCGAGCGCGGCGUGUGGCCGUCUUCUUACCGCCGCGGAUCAAAGGGGAGCCCGGGAAGCGGCGGGGUCGGUGUCUAGGAGCGGGCCAGGAGGCUCCGGCUCCGGCUCCGGCUCCGGCGGCGGCGGCGGCAGAGGCGGAGCGGGUGGCCCCGGGCCGGGUUGUGGAGGCCCGGGGGGCCCCGCGGGCAGGAUGAGCCUGACCCCGAAGGAGCUCUCGAGCCUGCUGAGCAUCAUCUCGGAGGAGGCGGGUGGCGGCAGCACCUUCGAGGGCCUGUCCACCGCCUUCCACCACUACUUCAGCAAGGCCGACCACUUCCGCCUGGGCUCGGUGCUCGUCAUGCUGCUGCAGCAGCCGGACUUGCUGCCCAGCGCGGCGCAGCGCCUCACGGCGCUCUACCUGCUCUGGGAGAUGUACCGCACCGAGCCGCUCGCCGCCAACCCCUUCGCCGCCAGCUUCGCGCACCUGCUCAACCCCGCGCCGCCCGCCCGCGGCGGCCAGGAGCCCGACCGGCCGCCGCUCUCAGGAUUUUUACCUCCUAUAACUCCACCAGAAAAGUUUUUUCUUUCCCAGCUGAUGCUGGCACCUCCACGGGAACUCUUCAAAAAGACACCGCGACAGAUUGCCUUGAUGGACGUUGGAAACAUGGGCCAGUCUGUGGACAUUAGCGGGCUUCAGCUAGCCCUGGCUGAACGCCAGUCUGAAUUGCCAACUCAAAGUAAGGCCAGCUUCCCUAGCAUUCUCAGUGACCCAGACCCGGAUUCUUCUAAUUCUGGAUUUGACAGCUCUGUUGCCUCUCAGAUCACGGAAGCUUUAGUCAGUGGACCAAAGCCACCUAUUGAAAGCCAUUUUCGGCCGGAGUUCAUCCGUCCACCACCUCCGCUCCACGUGUGUGAGGACGAGCUGGCGUGGCUCAAUCCAACUGAGCCCGACCACGCGGUUCAGUGGGACAAGUCAAUGUGUGUGAAGAACAGCACUGGCGUGGAGAUCAAGCGAAUAAUGGCCAAAGCCUUCAAGAGCCCCUUAUCUUCUCCUCAACAGACACAGCUCCUUGGAGAGUUGGAAAAGGACCCCAAACUUGUUUAUCAUAUUGGCCUCACUCCAGCCAAGCUUCCUGACCUAGUGGAAAACAACCCUCUAGUCGCUAUAGAAAUGUUGCUGAAGUUAAUGCAGUCAAGCCAGAUCACUGAGUAUUUUUCGGUUCUGGUCAAUAUGGACAUGUCAUUACAUUCAAUGGAAGUUGUAAACCGACUAACUACAGCUGUUGAUCUACCUCCUGAAUUUAUUCACCUUUAUAUAUCAAAUUGCAUUUCUACCUGUGAACAAAUUAAGGAUAAAUAUAUGCAGAAUCGUCUGGUGCGUCUCGUGUGUGUCUUUCUCCAGUCCUUGAUCCGUAACAAAAUCAUCAACGUGCAGGACUUGUUUAUAGAAGUGCAGGCCUUCUGUAUUGAGUUCAGCAGGAUACGAGAAGCUGCAGGCCUCUUCCGGUUGUUGAAGACCUUGGACACUGGGGAGACACCUUCUGAGACCAAGAUGUCCAAGUGAUACCUCGUCGGGACCACCUGUUCAUCGUUCAGCUGUGCUGUGCUUUUCAUUUUUAAAACUGUUCAGACCCUGAGUGAUUGCUUGGCUUAAUGCGUAUAAACACCACUUGAUCCACUUAAAGCAAAGUUUUGCUUUCCUGGAUGACUUUUUCUUUCAGAUGAAUUUUUGGUAAGAACUUGGAAGAAUGUGUCUUGCUGAUGAUUUCCAUAGGGGAUGUCAUCCCAAACGAAGUCACUGCACUAAGUAGAUGAGGUCUUCAGCACUGAAGAGCAAGGUGCCUGUAUUCCGACCCUUGAACUUCUCACUGGGUGCACUGUGAGCCUCGGACACCCGUGUAACCUUAUCCUUUCUUGUCAUGGGGACCUAAGAGACAACAGCGGGCUGCCUGCAGACGUGGGAAUUCUUAGAAACCUUUCUCGAGAUUAUAACAGCUGGUAGUUUUCUGGGCCUUCUCUCCUGGUAACAGUCUAAGAGCGUCGGUACUCCAGGAGGAAGGACGGCACCGGGGGCCGUGCUGCACGGCUGCUCGCCGAGUGGGCUUCGUGCCCUUCCCGUGGCGUCCUGUGGGCUGUGUAAGCCCUCAUUUAACUCUGGACAGCAGUGCCUUACAUUAAAGUGUUCUAUGAACUCUA